GUUAUAACUCAUAUUUUUGGGUUUCCGUGUUUUUCCAAAAAAUAAAAUAAAAUCAAAACACAAUUUUAAGUUAUAAAAUCGGACAGCAAAAAUGUUUCAUUUGGCAAGUACAUUGAAUGCUGAAGGAUGGCAUUAGAUUCAGAUACAUGCAGGAGGGCAUUGAACCGAGCCCACAGACGAUUGGUAAAUGAUAUAAAACCAAAGGAGGUUCUGGAUCUUCUUGAGAGGGAUGGACUGCUUGGCUAUGAGCAGAUCAAAGAUAUACGGGGUCUUCUUACUUCUUCGAUGCAAAACCGGAUUUUGUUAAGCAAAAUCAGCCAGAAAGGUGUUGAAGGGUACAAAAUAUUCAAGGAGUGUUUAGCUGAAUCUGACCAAAAGGAAUUAAAAAAAUUAUUAGACGAAAUAGAAGAGGAGCUUUACAGAGAGAAGAACCGAGCUGAAACUAUACAAGAGGAAAGACAAAGGAUGCUUAAGAAACGGGAACUACAACAGGCAUGCAGAAAUGCUCCCGGCUCAAGAUCUGCUUCCACUCUUGAAAAACUAGACAAAGUGCCCAGUGACCGUGAGUUAGUCAGCAUUGCUCCUUCCAUUGGCAGCGGAUGGGAACUCUUGGCCGCCAUGUUGGACGUGAAAAGACCUGCUGUUGAACGAAUAAAACUUGACCAUGGGUAUUCUUCUGUAGAGCAGAUUUACAACAUGUUGCAACAUUGGAAACAGAGGAAUGCAAAUAAGGCCACGUUUAAGGCCCUACUUAAAGAAAUGAAGGACUGCAAUUCUGUUACUAUUGACUGGGAAGAACUGAGAGAAAAACUUGGAUUUGGCAUUGAGGCGUUGAUGGACCCUGAACCCAUGGAAGUAGAGGCACUAAAUCCACCUGCGCCAACAUACGCACUGAGAAGAGGAGCAGGUGGAACUCGUGCCAUGCAACCUCGUUCAUUGGAAUCAGGGGUUGAGGAGAGUGAACCUAUGGACACUAGCCCGCCAAUUGCCGCACAAAACCUGCCAGUACAGAAUGUGCCUGAUGCUCAAAUGAUUCAUGAUGGACAGCUUGGAGUUACCUCUGUAGUGCAACCUCAAAAUGAGCCAAGGUUUGGGAAUACUCGAGCUAUGGUAUGUUUAGGAAUUACUUCCGAUAACACACAACAGGAUGAUGCUUCAUUUUUAGAAGAAAUUGAGAACAAAUUUGUUAUGGUGAUUAAACGUGAUUUGUUUGAUGGACGUCUUAUCCGUCUCAGCCAAACUCAAAUGGUAAACAUUGUGAAAAUCGGGAAAGCAAAAGAAUUGGCAAUAACCAAUGGUGCAAAAGUACUUGCAACUUCAAAGAUUCCAGGGUUCAACACUAAGGUGGUCAUAAAGGAAUUGCACAUACAGAAAGAUGAUUUAGAUAGGAUGAGAUAUGUCACAAAUGAGAAGCUUGCAUCCAGAAUUCUUCAUUUUGGAAUAGUGCCAUUGCUUGCAUAUCAUGAUGCGUUGCUGUCAGAAAAUUCUGUGAGAUUUGGGUACUACUAUUUUGUGUCACCAUAUUUCGAGAAUGGAGAUCUCUUGAAGGCUAUCGAAGUCGACACCAAUGAAUUAUUCAAAAGUGAUCCAAACCCUGUUGUUAUGAUGUCGCAAACAAGGAGAUUAAAGAUCAUCUACCAAGUAGCUUCUGCAAUAGAAUAUUUGCAUACCCCCGUGAAGGACUUCAGGCAUGCUGUCUUGCAUAUGGACAUAAAGUCUCUUAACAUUGUGCUGGACUUGGAAUAUAAUGCAAGAUUGAUUGAUUUUGGAUUAGCAAGAGAAAUGAGAGAGCCCAAUGAUAAACUCUUGAUCACUGCAUCCCCACUUGCUGGAACUGUUGGCUACUUUCCAACAACAACAUUCAAGGGAUUGACCAAGUUUCAUGACUAUCACAACUUUGGAGUUGUGAUAAGAGAACUACUGACUGGAAUCAGUCCAGUUGAAAGGUUUCCAAAAGAUACUUUACGAACUAUGUCGACAUUUGCUUUGAAGAACCUUAUUCAGAAAAAGGUCUGGAAAAAUAAAACUGUAAGGGAAGCGCUACCGAUUCUAGCCGAACGUUGUAUAGGAAGCCUGACACAGCAUGCAGCGACAAGCACAUUCCAGAUUUCUGAUAUGAUGAAAGAGCUGAAGCGGCUAAUGCAACCAUUAGGUGCACCAAAGUGGACCAGAUAUCAAGAGGUGAAAUGCGAAGUGUGUCUAGUGAAUCAAGCUGCGGAUGAAAGCGAGUUUCUGGAACAUCACAAAUUGUGUACGACAAAAAUCAAGGUGUGCGCAUCUUGCAUGAGAAAUUCCUUUUUGAAUCCAAUGAUUUGUCACACUUGUGAAAAGCCGCUGCAACCAUUUAUUGGUGAAAACUGGGGAGCCAUUUUGAUAGCAGGAAAUGACAAACACCAAAAGGUUGCGAAGGCAUUCUCCAAUGAUGUGCAUAGACUCAGAGAUGUUAUCACAAGUAGGAGUGUUCCGAUCAUGUGUAUUAGGGCGGAAAACACUGAGGUCGUUACACCUGAUGAACCUGGCAAAGACGACACUAAGAUGUGGUGCAAAGUCCAGAGUGCUUUUGAAAACCUGAGCAAGCUAAGCCUCAAAACUCUAAUAGUGGUGUACUCAGGUCACCAUGGUUUCCAUACAAAACAAGAAAAUGCGAAGAACAAAACCCAGUCAAUUAAACCCUUAAAGAGUGUGACAGGAUCAUCUAUUGAAGAUUUGGAGGGCUUCUUCAAACUGAGUGAAAAUGAAUUGCUGAAAGACAAAGAAUUGUACAAUGAAAUACCGAAGCUAUCAACUGUUGACACAAUUUUUUUGUUUGAAGAUUGCUGUUAUGGUGAUGCAGAGAUAAAAGCUGCACUUAAGAACAAACGUGUCGUGAAGUUCAACAGUAGUACUACGACUACAACAUCUCGGGUGGACUUGAAUAAGAACGAAAGCAAGUACAUAGGUAUACUGAUCAAAGCACUCACGGCAACCAAGGAAACCAUAACUGAAUUGUACGAACAUCCAGAAUGCGAUAUUUGUGAAAAUAAUGCCAACACAUUGUUCACUGAAAGCUUUCUGACGGUGUACGACUUGCAAGCAUUUAUCGCAAAGUAUAUUGCACACAGUAAAACUGGCGUCCCGUCAUUUUCAGCACAAACGAUUUCGGGGAAAGACCGCAUUUUGGCCUACAGAUACAAUUUCCGUGUGGUCGUUCAAUUCCAGAUAAACAAACCAAAAGGUGGGGAAGUAGAGGUCGAGGUCUCCCUGAGUCAAUUUGACAAUAUGCAAAAGUUGAGGGAAUACCUAUUUAAAAAAUUAUUAGGCUAUGAUGAUUCUACCAAGUACCUCGUUGAAAAUGAAUAUACCAGGUACAUUGUUGAAAAUGAAGAUAAAUUGGCCGAAUAUGCUGCUGUUGUUAGCAUUCAAGUAGAACAUGGACCCAGAGAAGUUCACAGGAAGGAGAUUGAUUCCCUUGAACAGGCCUCUUCAGCUUGGAUAGCUCGAAGAGAUCUGAUUGCACAAAUUCGAAAUGUUGCGAAAAUCGACUUUCAGAACUAUGUGGCUGACAUUGUUUCUUCAAAAGAUGUCGAAUACAUUUUCAAUUUUGUGUCAACGGAGGCAGAACAAUUUUGCCGCAUGAUUGAAACACCGGAGUUGGCGAAGUGUAUAGUGGACAACAAUAACUUCAACAGAUUUUUCACAACACUUGAGGAAUUCCGUGAAGAUAAACAAAGAAAUGUGUUAUUUGCAUUCAACGAAAUACAAAGAAGUGCGUUAUUUGCAUUCAACGAAAGCCUUGAUCAUAUAAACACAUUUCUUAAAAGCAAACCUGAGGAUGUUUCAAAUGUGGAAGUUCACAUAGAUUUACCAAAGAUCAAUGCUGAGAAAUCCUGGUCAUUAAUGUUUUAUCACUUGGAAAGAGUAGCAAGUGCGCAGCCAUAAAAUGCAAUGGCUUUGACGAAUGUGUAUACAUAUUAUAUAAGGAAUAAUUCUGAAAUCAGGAUAAAGAGUUUUCAGUUUGAGAUCACCUUGUAGUGGAUAUUUGGUGUCUAAACAUUCAUAUGUGUACAUACAUGUAUAAAUAGUUUGCUAUAUUACACGAUUUCGUUAAUUUUACAGGAUAUGUAACUUGCUUCCAUUUGAACUCGCCCAAGAAAAAAUCGGGACAUGGGAUGUAAAUGUGUAUAGCUUGAAAUUUAUUUCGUGUCGUAAACACGUAAACUAUACAGUUUUUUUGUGUUUCAUAUACAUAUUUAAUAAAUUACAAUAACGGGUUUAACACAAGCAAGACAAAAAAUAAUCCAUAUCAAAUUUCAGUCGAGUUUAUUUUGUUCUGCGGUUUCACGGCAUCCAAUUAACUCGAUAACGUAAUAGGAACGUUUGACUCUAAACAAACAUAGUUGUUUGCUGAAUAUAGCAACUGUUAUCGUUUUCAUGCAUACGUUUGUGUUAGUUUUUAAGCAUUACUACGUAUGAGAACACAAAAAAUCAAGUUGUGUUAUGCGAUCAGCAUGCAAUGACCACAGCGAUAAAUGUGUUAACCCAAAUUGUUCACUUUCAAGUUGAAAUCAAUUUGACAUCACGAAUAAACAUAGUUUAUGUAUACUGUACGGAGUGUCCCAUGAAUCAUGUGUACUAAAAAAAAUAUUUGUUUUCGUUACAUUAACAAUUAUUGACAAUUUUUGACGAUAAUGGGUUAUAAAAAGGUUAUCUUGUCCAUUUUCAUGAAAAAGUGUAAUUAGUAUUUUGUGAGUAAGUAUCAUUACUGUGUGAUAUACCAGUACCUUUAACAUAACUAAGGGCACAGGAGUGAUAUAAACACAUGCAAUAUUGUUCAUAUAUAUCUAGUGUUUUAACUAUGCAAAUAAGGUAACCGCCUCACAGAAAACGGUCUUUUUGAAUUUUCAGACGCUCGUGAUUACUAAUGACGUCACGUCAGUGAUAUGUUUUAUUGUAAUGGAUUGAAAGCGGUGGAUAAUUCAGUCAUAAUUUGUUUUUUUAUUGUAAGUAAAAUGUUAUUUUCA